CCAGUGGAAACAGCUGAUAGGUUGAGUUUCACCUCGACUGCUCUGGGCCGUCUGAGCUGCUCGCGCCGUUCUACUGGAUGUGAAGUCUUUGUUGCUCCACCUUGUUCACAAUGAGUUCCUGUUCCUUUAAGGGAUCGCUCCAGCAUUCACCGUAGUCACGCUGCGCAGGAUCCAUAUUCAGAGAAAGUCCAGCGGUGGAGUGGGGAAAUACCAGAGCAGCUUUCCUCUCCUCUGGUGCUGAGCAGCUGGAAGGAACCCAACUGGACCUGUUAAGUAAGACCUUCAAACUACCAGCAUCUCACCAUGAGCACAGACAAGCAUCCUAAAGUUACAUCCCCAGAGGAGGACAAGAUGGAAGCUUGCAGUGAGGCUGCAGAGGUGAACGCGCAGGAGGAAGAAGAGCAGACGGAAGACGCCUCUGUCACUGUGAAUGGAAUGCACUCGGAUCCUGUCAUGGAUGCACGUGUGAUAAAAACCGAAGCUGAGGAGACGGACGAUACUGAGCAUGCAGUGAUUGUGCCCAAAGAGGAAGUGGAAGGAGACAGCGAGGACGGGAUGGAGGAAGGUGUUGACGAGGACAGGACAGAGGAGGACAACGACGAGCAGAGAGACGAGGAUGGCAUGAACGAGCCGCAGGACCUGUCACUGGUGGACUACUCGCGCUACGAAGCGGCGUCCCUGCCUGACGGCCAAACGACAGGUGCGUUGGAUGAGGCUGCAGACGGGGGCUACGCGCCCGGAUCCACCGCGGCCCGCAUUCCGACACAGGGGAAACUCAGCUGCGACAUCUGCGGUCUCUCCUGCAUCAGCAUUAAUGUGCUGCUAGUGCACAAGCGCAGCCACACUGGUGAAAGGCCAUUCCACUGCACUCAGUGUGGGGCCUCCUUCACCCAGAAGGGAAACCUGCUUCGCCACAUCAAACUGCACUCCGGAGAGAAGCCUUUCAAAUGCCCGAUGUGCAGCUACGCCUGCCGACGACGCGACGCUCUCAGCGGGCACCUGCGCACCCAUUCUGUAGAGAAGCCCUUCAAGUGCAACCACUGCAGUCGCAGCUACAAGCAGCGGAGCUCCCUCGACGAGCACAGAGAGAGGUGCCAUGUGUACAUUCAGAGCAAAGGUCCCGCCGAGAGAGAGGACAGCCACACAGCCAGGUCUCAGAUGGGCUCAGAGCGCGCGCUGCUUCUCGACAGGCUCGCCAGCAACGUUGCCAAGCGGAAAAGUUCAAUGCCACAGAAGUUCACUGGCGACAACGGGGUCUGCCUGGACCUGAGCUUUAACAGGGAGCUGCUCCACCGAUCUGACAUAAAGGAACCUCCACCAGGCUCACCAGGGCCAGAGGGCCAGCUGCAGACAGUCCUUGCAGGCCCAGAUGGCGACCCACCUCCCACCCACAGACCGUACCCCAUCCCGUUAAACCGCACCGAUAUCAACCCAAUCAGCCUCACCAACGGCCACAAGAUGCCUCUUCUGGGCCUCCCUCAUGGAGCACAGCCGCCCCUCGGCAUGGACUCCUUCCACAACGACGCUUCCCAGAUGACCCAGCCCGUCAUGUACAGCUUGGGUCACCUGCUGGGGGGGAUCAAUCACCAGAACGGCGUCCCACACCCACACAGCCAGCCCAUUCCACUGACGCCCCUCGAGGCCCUGCGGGUCAUGCGGGCGGACGGAGAGUCCGGGGCACCGCCCGGAGCGGUGUACCCCUGCGGCCACUGCAGGGUGCUCUUCCUGGACUACGUCAUGUACACCAUCCACAUGGGAUGCCACGGCUUCCGCGAUCCGCUCGAAUGCAACGUUUGUGGCCACCGCAGCCGGGACCGUUACGAGUUCUCCUCCCACAUAGCCCGCGGCGAGCACCGCCUAGAACUCAAGUAGACUGCAUUCAUGCACACAAACAGUCACCACCAUGGAGACAGACAACGAUUUAGUCAUAUAAGUAGCUGGUAGUAUUAGAAAUGAAAGCAUAAAGUAGCGGCUCUGUCUGUCCUUGGCGUUUGUUAAAGUGUGUGUGAGUAUAGAUGUCGUGGGAGUGUGGCGGCUGUUCUUAGUCAUCCAUCUGAAAAGAUGGCCUGUAAAGAGUUAUCGCAGGAGUAUUUCUACUCCUCAGCAUGCAUAUAUUUGUAAGUAACGGGGUUGUCUGUUUGCAUAAAGCCACGUGUUUCACUCACACAAAGCAGCAGAAAGUACCGUUUUUAUGCUGUACCUACCGUUUUAUUUUGUCUGUAUAAAGAUGUAAAAAAAAUAAAAGAGCAGUUCACACACAAGCUGCAGAGUGUUUAGAGAUGUUCGAGUUUGCCAAUUCUGACUGCAAAAAAAACAAAAACAAAAAAAAACCCAUCCUAUUAUCUCGAAGGUCACAUGUCUCUUUUUUUAAGGCUGUGGUUUUCAGAGAUCUGCAGUUCACGGCUUCAAAGGACACCACUCUGCACCAUGUGCUGGUUUCUCACUCCAGAAUAAUAUACUCAUUUAGCUUUCCCACGAGGUAGAAAAGCCUCUGUUUUACUGCUCGUAGUGCAGAAUAGAAUCAUUUCAGCAAAAUAAGGGAAACUAUUCCAGUACCUUCAAUGUAAAUGAGUUCCUGGUUCAUCAGAUGAGAAACUGGUUCUAUUUCACAUCAGAGGUCUCUUCAGGUCAUCAUGAUCUCAGGACGACGUGCUAAGGAGUCUCUGUCUAAAUGAAUAGUAGCUAACUUGUUAUUCAGUUAGGAAAGGAUGAGAGAAAGCACACAAAUUAAUUUCAGUCAGCAGUUUCUCUUUCCUCCUCAUUCUCACCUGACCCACAGAAUGGAUAGUAACAGUAAUCCCCGCAGCAUGAUGCUGCCACCAAUCAUGCCAGUAAAACUCCAGAUAUGGGAAUUUAUCUGUGUGCAGGGCAAAAAAAAUGUUUUAAAAAAUGAGGGUUUUGUGGGAAUUUUCAACGACACACUUUUAAAAACUUCCGCUGACGACCAAAAUGUGCAGUGGGGAAGUUUUGGUGAACACACACACACAAAAAAAUUGACAAGCCACAGAACUACUUCAUCAUGGCCGUGCGUCGGACUGCGCGUGCGUGUGGAUGCACUUCGCCCACAUGGCAGUGCAGGAACUCGUUCACGCCUUGCUGGCUUUAAGACCAGAAGAGGGUGUUAGCUUCUUCCAGCUGCUGCCUCACUAUCUGUCCUCUCUAUCAGAGCCAGUUCCCCUUUCUCUGUUUGGGUUUGAAGAGAAGUGACACUUGUGAGGCCAAACUGUCUUCACAGCUUCAAUUCUACAUGUCGAGUUAAAAAGCCAAGUCAUUCAUUACAACAGCACAGCUUUGCUGCUUCUCUUUUCCCAAGUACAAGACGAUGAAUUCAAGGCAUUCGUCUUCUGGGUAAUGGUUAAUUAUACUGAGUAAAUAAACUGACUAAAGCAGAUGUAACGCCCGUUCAUGGAAGUGUGAGUGGCAUUUUUAAUGAAGUAACGUGUUAUUGAGUAUUGAAGGGAUCUGCUUCUGCCAAAAAGUCCCAUUCCCAACAUAAAACCCAGGGUUAAGAAGUUGGAGUCAAUACAUCAUCAGAAGAUGUCGGGUUUUUAGUGACAUCUACUGACUGACACCUGGGACUCACACAAGAUACUCAGAAGAGUUGUUUACAAAGCAAAAAUGAAACAAAUAAUCUGUGAUGUAGCGCUGGCUGGCUGAAACAGGUGAGAAGACAAGUAGUUUAGGCCCAUUACCCUUUGCUGCCGAUAGUAGAAGGAAGGUUGGUGAAAGAGUAGUGCGAGAAACCUCACGUGCAAAUUAAAGCAGACCGACAAUGAAGUGAAAAAAGCGCCUAAUAUUUAUACUGAGUUCCAUCAAACCCAACCUGACCAUGUUCUAGUUUCAAGUUGGGAAUCCCUUGGUCAGUUUUUGCACUCAGUAAUCAGACAAACCACUAGCACUACAAGCAAUUAGCAGAGUACAUGCCUGCAUAUCAUGCAUUAAAAAAAUAAAAGAAAAUGCUGAUCAUUUUUAAAUGUAUUUUUUGCAUGUGGAAGAUUUUGUGAGAUUCAAACUACAUUAAGCGCAACUUUACUAUGAUUCAAGUACACCGAAUUUUGAGGUCAACGUCGAUGAGAAUCUUGUUUUUCCUUUUUUUUUUUUGCUUAUUUUGCUUAUUUGUCCAACUUGGAUUUAUUUUAUUUUUUUCUUACUCCAAGAAUCCAAUUCAAAUAAAUAAGGGUUUCUACACUUUUUUUUUUGUGACAACCAAUAAAAACAUCUCAACUUUUGCUGGUGUAGAGCAAAAGUUGAAUACAAGUUUUUUGUGUAAUGAGUUGUAUACAAACAACUCAUUAUUUUCUUGUGGAAUGCAAUACCUUUCCAAAUAAUUUAAAGGAGAUUAUUAUAAAGAAGAAUGCAAUUAUUUAAGGACGCUUGUGUCUAUUGUUUCCCCAUGGAAGCCCUCAAGGGCCAAAAGAAAAAAAGGUAUUCACUGGUUACUUAUGUGUGUC